GGUCGGGGAGGUUUCCAGCAGCAGUCGUUCGGUCCUCCCGCGCAGGUCCUAGAGAUGGGAUCGUUCAUGCACGCUUGUGAGGGCGAGAUGCUCUGCGAGUCGAUCAACCCCAAGAUUCCUUAUUUCAACGCUCCGAUCUACCUUGAGAACAAAACCCCCAUUGGAAAGGUCGACGAGGUCCUCGGUCCCAUCAACCAGGUGUACUUCACCGUCAAGCCCCAGGAGGGAAUCGUCGCGACCUCGUUCAAGCCUGGCGACAAGGUCUACAUCGGCGGGGAUAAGCUCCUUCCUCUGGAGAAGUGCGUCAGGAAGCCCGCAGCCGGUGGCCGUGGUGGACGGGGCGGCAGCUUUGGCGGCCGUGGAGGCGCUCCCCGAGGCCGUGGUGGUCCCCGCGGCGGCGGUGGUUUCUCCCGUGGUGGUGGUGGUGGUUUCUCCCGCGGCGGCGGUGGUGGCUUUGGCGGCCGUGGAGGUGGUGGUCGCGGCGGAGGCUUUGGCGGUGGCCGUGGUGGUGGUGGCCGUGGUGGUGGUGGUUUCCGUGGUGGACGUUUCUAG